AUGGCGAAGAAGCAGGCUACACCUCAACCGUCGGCGCCCAGAAGUGCUAGCACAACCACGACCCCAGCAAAGCCUCCUCCGUCGACUCCUUCCACCACGAAACAGACACCAUCUCAGUCGACCUCAGUAACAAAGACCGCUCCCAGCACAUUAUCGCCCCGCUCGUCACCACAAGAGAUCGCCAUCCACGUGUGGAACAAGUACAUCCAGGAAACGCCCUCAAGAACACUCUUCCUCGACAUCUUCCUCCUCUACAUCGCCCUGAAUGGCGCAGUCCAGUUCAUCUACUGCAUCAUCGGCGGCAACUACCCAUUCAAUGCCUUCCUGUCCGGCUUCGGCGCUGCCGUGGGCCAAUUCGUCCUGACCGUCUCCCUGCGCAUGCAGACCGUCGAGCAAUCACCUACGGAGACAAACACUGGCAGCAAAACGAAGGUGGUGGAUGGUGUGGAAGAGAAGUGUACAGGUCAGAUCAGCAGUGAGAGAGCGUUUGCGGAUUUCGUGUUUGGGAGUUUGAUUUUGCAUGGGUUUUGUGUCAACUUCAUCAACUGA